CGCUGCGGACCGAUGUGACGGUGUCAGUACCUGAGGACCGAAGCCCACCUGUGGAUCGUGUCGCAGCAGCAGCACCAUGGGGAUCUCCGCGUCCAGUCUGCUGGACGAGACCAAAUCCAACUACAUCAAAGGCCAGGCCGAGGCCGCGCUGAAGGAGUUCGGUCCGUACUACAGGAAGCAGUUUUCCGUGGCUCACCUCUGUCAGGUGGAAGAUGAUCUGGAGCAGCACAAAGAGAAGCUCACGCAGCUGCUCAAACAGCGGGAGGCUCCUGAGGAGGGCGAGGUGCUGUAUGAGGAAGGCGUCCUUUACUUUGACGAGACCAGGAAGUGGAGGGAGAGGUACGUGGUGGUGAGAGCCAACUACUGCCUGGAGUGUCAUGACGGCCUGGAGACGUUCGUUAAAGGGAUUCCCCCGCGCCAGAAGCUGCUGCCUACAGGGGGCAGCGUUCUGACCACAGAGGAGAAGUACAUGGCCAUGGUGGACCGCUGCUUCCCCGAUGACACCAAUGUGAAGGAGGACUUUGCUCCUCCUCUGUCGGGGAUGCCCGGACAGUUUCCUGUUUACCUGCGUCUGCCCUACAGGAGAGACUCCUACUUCUGCUUCAGACAACAGGCCAAACAAGACGCCUUCCUGUCCAUCCUGUCAGACUGCAUCAGACACCAGAACCAAGACUUCCUGAAGAAGAAGACGUGUGAAGUGCAGGCCUUCCUCAAAGCCAUCCAGCUCUACAGACAGGACAAAGACAAGUACGAGGCCUGGGACAUGCUGAUAGGAAGUGAUGUCAGGGUGAUGGCCAACCUGGUGAUGGAGGAGCUGCUGCCGUCUCUGGAGAAAGACAUGCUGCCUCGUCUCAAAGCCAAGAAGACGGAGAAGAAGAGAGUCUGGUUCGCUACGGUGGAGGCGGCGUACAUCCUGGUCCAGGAGCAUCUGUUGGAGGGACUCUCAGCUCUGAAGGAGGAAUGCCGAACAUCAGUCCGGCAGGAGGAGGUCCUGAUCCACUCCGACAUGGACCCGAUCCUGGACUCCAGACGGCAGCUGGAGGAAAGAGUCCGAGACAAAGUGUCGGAGCCUGCAGAGAAGCUGUGCUCCGAGUCUGUCCAGCCGUACCUGGGCUCCGUGCUGGAGGAACUGAUGGAGCCAAUCAGCUCCGGCUUCCAGGAGGGACGGCAGCUGAGUGAGACGAUGAUGGACCAGGUGUGUCAGGACGAGCGGCUGCAACGAGACAACGAGCAACUGAAGAAGGCUCUAGCUAACAUGGCGAGGCCGAACCUGCUGAGCUGCUACCAGAAGAUCAGCUCGCUGCAGGAGAAGCUGCAGCACCUGCAGGGGAGGUUCGGUUUCUCAAACAUCACAGGAGUGAUUCACAGCGCUCAGAUCGACCUGCAGCAGCUGAUGGAGAAUGCAGCUUGCACCUUUGAGCAGCUGCUCUACAAAGCCAUCCAGGACAACCCGGACAGCGCCUGCUCUGCCAUCGAGAAGGCCAAACACAGAGUGCUGAAGCAAUAUGACUACGACAGCAGCACAGUGAGGAAGAGGAUCUCACGGGAGGCUCUCUUCUCCAUCACUCUGCCCUUCAUCAAGAAGAGCCUGGCCCCCACCUGCAAGGCGGAGCUUCAGGGUCUCGAACAGUUCAUCUACGCUGACCACUCCAACUUCAUCCACAUUGAGAACGUUUAUGAGAGCAUCCUCCUGCAAACUCUGGACAAGGAGGUCAACAAAGUGGUGAAGGAGGCGGCGAGCCUGAAGAAGUACAACCUGUUCACAGACAGCAGAGACCUGCUCAGUCAGUCCAGCCGCUCCAGCCUCUCCUCCCCGCCCGUCUCCACUCCCAGCAGCCCCGCCAUGGCGCUCGCCUCCCCGACUAAAACCCCCCUUGAGCAGCAGCCCCCGUCUCCUCUCGCGGUCAACGGUCAGUCGUGCACGCCCCAGAAGAACGAGAACGGCGUGCUGCAGAGCGAAGGCGUGACAGUCGUGGAGACGCCUCUGGGGAAGGUUGAACAAAAAGAAGCAGCUCAGAGUGUGGCUGUCAGUCAGGAGGCAGAAGCAGGACCCCCCGCUGCUCCUCAGACUGCAGCGUCAGAGUCAACCGACCAGAGCGAGACACAGGAAGUACACACAGAGGCAGCUCCAGAGACUGUCGUCCAACGGGAAGUGAUUUCUGUCAAAGCAGAAAAAGUCGAGGUGUCUUCUGAGCCUCGGAUGCAGAACACAGGUACUCCAGAAGAAGAAAGUAUAAAGACAGAUGUAGAAGCAGCAGCAGCUCAGAUAGAAGCCGCUGUGCCGAGUCCCGAUUCGACAAAUGAACCCUCGAACACUUCAGCAGAAGAUACUGAGUCCCAAACUGUCACCAGCAGUGAAAAGAAGACACACUGUGAAAGCUCGGAAAUCAAGUUAGAGGCUCCCUCUAGUGGUCAAACGCUUGUACUCACACCUUCAGACAUCAGCCUGGACCUGAAGCAGGAGGAAGCAGAACCAGUUUCUGGCUCAGACCAGAAUUCUCUGGGUGUGUCAGUAGGAAGUGAGUCAGCUCCGUCAGAUGUGGAGUCCAUGGAGGAAGUCAAAGCAGCACAAAGCAGCGAGGGUGAAGCCUCAGCGCCCUCUGACGUGUUGGAGGACGAGGCUACCCUCAGUGAACCUCCUGUGAGCUCAGACGAUCCAGCUGAGGACGAAACCACGAGCGGUGAGCCGGCUCCUCGGGCCCAGACAGAAGCCGUGAGCGAGGACGUCGCAGUAGGUGAGGGCAUCGAGGCGGGCGCGAGCGUGGAACCAUCGGUGGAGGCGACAGAAGCUACGACCUCACAGUCUUCUAAGGAAACUCCCUCCAGCCCUGAAGCCCAGCCCCUGGACUCCAUCAAGGAGAUCCGGGACCUGGUGGUGGAAGUGAUCGAGGUGGAGGAGCUGGUGUAGUGUCACCCCAGUGGAGGUCCUAAAGAGGAAUGAAGCAUCGUGCCCAAUCAUAACUGCAUCACUGUCCAUCCAGGAUGUUCUGCUGAAGGAAACCACAUCAGUCCCAGAAAACAACGGCGGCGUCCGUUCGUGGACAAACUGCCCGUCGCCUCAAACCGUCCUGACGAUGAAACGUUGUCCUCAGAAACACUCACAACAGCUUCCACCAACAUUUUUAACACAUAUGCAUGAAAUGACGGUGAAUUAUUUAUACAAAUCAUUUACACACAUCAGUAUAUUAGCAGUGUAUAAAACCAACGGGGCAGACUCGUUCACUGACUUUGACAGAAUAGUUUUUUUUUUAACACAAUUAUUUUAGUACCGAAUAAUUUUAGAAAUUCAACAUUAAAACUUCAUUCUGAUUGUGAAGAAUUUUCUGGAAAUGCCA